AUGAGGUUGCAAGAACUUCAAGAUGCUAUAAACAAACUUCCAUUGAGACAUCCAAUUGACGUCAAAUUGUAUUGGAGAGCUUCUGAGUUAGGUCAGAAGGUUUUAUAUGAAACAGGUUGCUUCGACGAUGUUUAUGAGAUAACAGGAGAAGUUUCUCAGAAGAUAAGAGACUCACUUGAAUUUCCACAAACUGGACCAAUUGGUUGCGACAAGUUCGACUCAAACGAAAAGAUAUACUAUGUCGACCUUAACGCUGCGUACAUGAGGUUUGUCCAAUAUAUUCCGACUGGAAUUCCAAACGAAGAUGGUGAGUUCCCGGGAAGGAACUAUACAGUUGGAAAAGUCAUACAACAACU